GUGACACGGUGGGGAGAUGGGCUCUAUCCGCUGGGCAUUCCGCUGCAGUGCGUGGACACCGAGUAGAUCUGAAUGGUUGCUGGCUGCUCGAUGCAUUCAGAAGGAGGAGAAAGACAGGAUCGGACAGUUCAUGUUCGCCAAGGACGCUAAGUCCGCUAUGGCUGGCCGCUUGCUGCUCCGGAGGUUCGUGUGCGAGAGGAUGGGGAUCCCCUGGGCAGAGAUCAGACUGGAGCGAUCCCCCCGAGGGAAGCCGGUCCUGGCGGCCCCGCUGAAGGUCCGUUCAGACUCAGAUGAGUCCUGGAGUUUCAACCUCUCCCACCAAGGGGACUACACGGUGCUUGCAGCGGAGCAGGGUGUGGAGGUUGGGGUGGAUGUGAUGAAGACCACCAUGCCAGGUAGCAGCUCUGUGCCUGAGUUUUUCCGCAUCAUGACUCGUCAGUUUACAGCUUACGAGUGGAGCGUCAUCCAAUCAGCUGGCUCGGAGCAAAAGCAGCUCGCCACUUUCUACCGCCACUGGACCCUGAAAGAGAGCUUCAUCAAGGCCAUCGGCACAGGCCUGGGCUUCAACCUGCAGAGGAUAGAGUUCCACCUGCCGGGUGAACCUCUCACCCAGAACCAGGUGCUGCGGCAGACCAGGAUGCAUCUGGAUGAGGAAGAAGAGGAGAACUGGAUAUUUGAGGAGAGCCUGCUGGAUGCCAGCCAUCAUGUCGCCGUAGCACUUGGACUACAGGACACACCAGGCUCUGCAGCGCUUCCUUCAUCGCUUCCGUCUCCCACCCCGUUUACGCUGCUCUCGUUCAGUGAGCUCAUCUCCUCGGCCUCGCCGCUAACAGAAGAAGACCCUGCCUAUUGGGAGAGUUUCAGAAUGAAGGCCGAAGCCCCGCAGAGACAGAGGGAUACGAGCACAUCCACAUAACAGACUGUGUCACACUGAAACUUGUCACACACACACACACACACACACAUAUUAUCUUUCAGCUCUUAGGUUUAACAUAGUUGGACAUGGAGGUGGGGUGCGACAGGUGGAAUUGUUCUUGGAAUGUGUUAAAAAAAAUAAGUUCAUAUUUAUUUUCCUCCUCCUUUUUUGAGAAAAUUAAGCAUAAAUCUUGUAAAUUUUCACUUAUUUUGGGGUUGGAGACUAGACAUUCUCCUGGCAACCCUUUUAAACAUGCCAUACUUGUAUAGUAGUUUUCUAAUUGUACUGUCAUGAACUUUAGAAUACUAUGUAGCACUGUGUGUAUUUAAGCUUUGAAC